AACACAUUACUUCGGAUUCAGUACGAGAGACUCCGUGGUUUCUGUGAAACCUGUGGUAUGCUCACACAUGAUUCUGGAGCAUGUUUGAUCCAGAAUGGCGGUGCGGGUCCAAAUGAUGAAGACAACGACAGUGGAGGAGAGGGAGAUGAAGGUGUGGAACACGUUCCAAACCAAGGUGUGAUCAUUGAGGAAAUAAAUGAAGAGGUAAAUGAAGGAGACAAUGCUGCUGAUGGUCAACAACCGGGGGCUGCUGCUGAGAUUGAGGAUCCUGAACAAGAAGAAUACGAGAGGAAUAUCAGACAGAUGGAAGAGGAAGUUGAUGAUGAGCAACUGUGGAGUGGUGAAGGGAUGCAAACAAGGCUCUCCAGUGACGUCAACCGUGAUGAAAUGUAUAACCUUCUCCUCCCCGCUGGUCAACACUUUCCAUUAGAGAUGGCUGAAGAUGUGGGCCUUAAGAGGAAAGCUUGGCUUACAUCGGAUAAUGGUAAAUCAGCAAGUUUUUUUAAAGAGGAACCCAGCAGAACUAGCGGAGCAAAACGUAAGAAAGGAUGUGCUGCAGAUCUAAAAGAGCAGAGUGGUGAGAAUGUUGAUCCGAUGGAUGACUCUACCAAUGUGGGAGGCGCGGUGGGCCCUGAACCACCUCUACCGCCAUGAGGA